AUGGACCACAAUGAGGAUGAAUGUCGGGUUGGAGGCGAACAUCAUGGAAAACAAGAUGAUGAGGAAGCUGUUGCCCGUGAGGAAUUUAAAAAGUCUGUGGAGGCUAAAAUGGCCCUUCGCCAGAGUAACUUGAAUCCUGAAAGGCCCGAUUCAGGUUUUCUCAGAACAUUAGAUUCCAGUAUUAAGCGCAACACUGCAGUUAUUAAGAAACUUAAGCAGAUUAAUGAAGAGCAGCGGGAAAGUUUGAUGGAUGAAUUGAGAAGUGUCAACUUAAGUAAAUUUGUUAGUGAAGCAGUAACAGCUAUUUGUGAUGCCAAACUGAGGUCUUCAGAUAUACAAGCUGCUGUUCAGAUCUGUUCAUUACUUCAUCAAAGGUACAAAGAUUUCUCGCCAAGUUUAAUGCAAGGCCUCUUGAAAGUUUUCUUUCCUGGGAAGUCUACGGAUGACUUGGAGGCAGACAGGAAUUUAAGAGCCAUGAAGAAGCGCAGCACUUUGAAACUCCUUUUGGAGCUUUAUUUUGUUGGAGUUAUAGAAGACAGUAGUAUCUUUGUUAAUAUCAUUAAGGACCUUACUGGCGUGGAGCACUUAAAGGACCGAGAUGCAACUCAGACAAAUCUAUCUCUUCUUGCUAGUUUUGCACGACAAGGGAGAACUUUCCUAGGAUUUCCAUUGUCAGGACAAGAAAUUCUUGAAGAGUUUUUCAAGGGCCUUAAUAUUACUGUAGACCAGAAGAAAUUCUUCAGAAAGGCAUUGCAUACUUAUUAUGAUGCAGCUGCAGAGCUACUUCAAUCAGAGCAUAGUUCACUUCGUCAAAUGGAGCAUGAAAAUGCAAAGAUCCUGAACUCGAAAGGUGAGCUGGGUGAGGAAAAUACCUCUUCUUAUGAAAAGCUGCGAAAAUCUUAUGACCAUCUCUACCGAGGGGUGUCAGCUUUAGCUGAAGCUCUUGACAUGGAACCUCCAGUGAUGCCAGAGGAUGGUCACACAACUAGGGUCACAACUAGGGAGGAUGUGUCAUCUCUGGGUGCUGGAAAAGACUCAUCUGUUCUUGAGGCAAUGUGGGAUGAUGAAGAUACUAGAGCAUUCUAUGAAUGUUUACCAGAUCUCAGAGCUUUUGUGCCAGCUGUUUUACUGGGCGAAGCAGAACACAAGGUGAAUGAGCAAUCCUCAAGGACACAAGAACAACCAUCCGAAUCGGGAACUGAACCAGACCAGGGAGGGAAAAACGAGAAAGGGAAAGACAAAGAUGAAAAAGACAAAGAAAAGGCCAAAGAUCCUGACAAAGACAAAGGAAAAGACAAGGAUGCUGAAAGAAAAGGAGAAAAUGAAAAGGAGAAGAUUAAAGGUCUUGAAGGAACAAAUUUGGAUGGCUUAUUGCAGAGGCUUCCUGGAUGUGUGAGCCGUGACCUAAUUGAUCAGUUGACCGUGGAAUUUUGUUAUUUAAAUUCAAAAUCAAACCGGAAAAAACUUGUGAGAGCUUUGUUUAAUGUCCCACGCACAUCUCUAGAAUUGCUACCGUACUACUCGCGCAUGGUCGCCACACUUUCAACUUGUAUGAAGGAUGUAUCUUCCAUGCUAUUGCAGUUAUUGGAGGAAGAGUUCAACUUUCUGAUAAAUAAGAAGGAUCAAAUGAACAUUGAAACAAAGAUCAGGAAUAUUCGGUUUAUUGGUGAGCUCUGCAAGUUCAAAAUUGCUCCUGCUGGCCUUGUGUUUAGUUGUUUGAAGGCUUGUUUAGAUGAUUUCACUCACCACAACAUUGAUGUUGCCUGCAAUCUUCUAGAGACAUGUGGCCGUUUUCUUUACCGGUCCCCAGAAACUACUGUACGCAUGACUAACAUGCUAGAGAUACUAAUGCGUUUAAAAAAUGUAAAAAAUUUGGAUCCUCGUCAUAGCACACUAGUAGAAAAUGCUUAUUACCUAUGCAAGCCACCGGAACGAUCUGCACGUGUCUCUAAAGUACGCCCACCUUUGCAUCAGUAUAUAAGAAAACUACUUUUCUCAGAUCUUGAUAAAUCUACUAUUGAGCAUGUGCUGAGACAACUUCGUAAACUUCCAUGGAGUGAAUGCGAAUCAUACCUUCUAAAAUGCUUUAUGAAGGUUCACAAGGGAAAGUAUGGUCAGAUUCACUUGAUUGCUUCACUUACUGCCGGCUUGAGUCGCUAUCAUGAUGAAUUUGCUGUUGCAGUUGUUGAUGAGGUUUUGGAGGAAAUAAGACUGGGGCUAGAGUUGAAUGACUAUGGGAUGCAACAGCAACGCCUUGCUCAUAUGCGGUUCUUAGGAGAGCUGUAUAACUAUGAACAAUUGGAUUCUUCAGUUAUUUUUGAUACCCUCUACUUGAUUCUUGUUUUUGGCCAUGGGACAGCAGAGGUUUUGGUGGAGCUGAUUGGUGGUUGGUUGGUUACUCCAGGGAAUGUAAUGGAGCAAGAUGUGUUGGAUCCACCUGAAGAUUGUUUUCGCAUCAGGAUGGUUAUUAUGCUUCUUGAAACCUGUGGACAUUACUUUGGUAGGGGUUCCUCAAAGCGGAAACUUGAUCGGUUUCUAAUUCAUUUCCAGAGAUACAUUCUUAGUAAAGGAGCAUUACCGCUGGAUAUUGAGUUUGACAUACAGGACUUGUUUGCUGAUUUACGUCCAAACAUGACUCGAUAUUCAUCAUUGGAGGAAGUUAAUGCUGCUCUAGUUGAACUCGAGGAGCAUGAACGUACAGUUUUUGCUGAUAAGGCCAACAACGAUAAGCAAUCGGACUCAGAAAAACCUCCAAGCAGGAUUUCUUCUGGUACCAUCUCAGCAAAUGGACAAGGACCUGUAAAUGGCCCAACCAAAGAACAUCAUGGAAGGUCUUUUGAAGGGGAAAGCGGUGAUGAGAUAUUGGAUGAUGAAGUGGGGGGAAGCAAGGAGGUUAGGGUGAAAGUUCUUGUGAAGCGGGGGAGCAAACAACAAACAAAACAGAUGUUUAUUCCUCGGGAUUGCUCACUUGUGCAAAGCACAAAACAGAAAGAAGCUGCUGAGCUCGAAGAGAAACAAGACAUCAAGAGGUUAGUUUUGGAAUACAAUGAUAGAGAAGAGGAGGAACUUAAUGGGUUGGGGACACAACCGACUGGCUGGAUGCAAAGUGGGGGUGGUAGGUCAUCCAAUCGGGGCCACACAUGGGAAGGCCACGGUGGAAGGGGUGGCAGUGGAUCACGCCACCGCCAUCAGCAUUAUUCAGGGGGUGGCUUCUAUUAUGGUCGAAGAAGAUGA